CACUUCACUUCACUUCUCACUCCCUCUCACUCAAGCAGAACUCUGAAAUUUGAAUCACUCCCCUUCUCCAACCCUAGUCCCUCUUUGAGCCACUGCAGCCGCCCGUCCGUCGAGCUACUGCCGCCGUCGGUCCGUCAGCCACUGCCGCCGUCCGUCGCCCGCAUCCCUUCUCUCUUCGUCCUGUUCUCGAAGUCUCCAACCCCUGCUCUCUCCUUCCGCGAGCUCGGCCCAUCCGUCGUCUUCAUCUGCUCGCCGUCGUCUGGUCGGCGUCGUCCGUCGCAGCAACGCACUCUGCCCAGAACCCCAAACUUCGAAGUUUUCUUCAGUUGAACCACGGUUGGACCGGUUGGACCAGUGAAUCAGUGACUAAAGCGGUUUGAUGACGGGUCCGGUUCUCAGAACCUUCUCUAUAAAUCCUUCGAAUUGAAAUGGAAGGGAGAGACCGAGAAUAAAUUUCAGUGUUGGCGGUUUUUCCCUUAUGAAUUUUGCAAUUGAAAAAACUGGUGAGAGAGUGGGAACUAGUACCAGCAACCAAGCACAGAGAAAAGCCAGAACCAAACCCUAUUCAAAAUCCUCAUUCUUCAUCCCUCAGCCAUCCGAGCUUCAAUCUUACUCACCUUCGCUUUGUUGCACACCACACACUCAAUUUGAGCUAAGCAUUUUCACAAACACAAAGCAGGCAUAAUGAGUGGCAUAUUCAAACAACCAGGUGCAUUCGCCAUCACUCCCCACAAGGUUUCAGUCUGCAUUCUCCUCAAGAUCUACGCUCCCCCUGCUCAAAUCUCCCUCCCUUUCCCUUUCUCCUCCGUCGCCCACCACAACCGCCUCGGAUUGUUCUUGCUCUCCCUCACCAAGUCGUGUGAUGAUAUAUUGGAACCAAAAUUGGAUGAACUCAUCCAUCAAUUGAGAAUGAUGAGCCAAAACUGGAUGUCGACUUGGAUUAUUGAUCAGUUGAUGACUAGGCUAUCGUCUCUGUCGUCACCUGAUGAUUUGUUUAAUUUUUUUAUUGAUAUACGAGGAAUACUUGGGGGUCCUGAUUCGGGUGCCAUUGAAGAUGACCAAAUUAUUUUGGACCUUAACAGUAACCUGGGCAUAUUUCUUCGGCGCUGUGUGCUUGCUUUCAAUUUGUUAUCAUUUGAGGGUGUGUGCCAUCUCUUGACAAACAUAGGGAUAUACUGUAAAGAAGAAUUCUCAAAUUGUCCUCCUUACGAAGCACCUAGUUUAGAUGAUUCUAGUAGUAAUUUGGAGACGUAUUCAGAAUAUGAGAACAUGGACCUGGAGAAUUUUGUAUAUGAAAAGGUUUCAGAAGAAAUUGAAGCAAGAAAGGAGGCUAAUGAAAGAAUUCCAUUCCAUCUUCAUGUACCAAAUACGCUUCUGAGUUUAGUUGAUGAUAUUGAUGUUCCGGUUGAUUCAGCAUCUAAACAGAGUGAGAAAGUUAGAGUAGCUAGUCCUUAUGGAGAUCCUUCAAGUAACAUGCUAAGAGAUGAUGAUCCUAGUGGUGCAGUAUUCCUGCGCACAAACUGGCAGGUGCAAGGGUACUUACAAGAGCAAGCGGAUAUAAUUGAAAAGAAUGGAGGUGCUGUCUCUUUGAAUGGGUUUGAAAUUGUUCUACGACAGCUACGGAAGUUGGCACCUGAACUACAUCGAGUUCACUUUCUGAGCUACUUGAAUAGUCUUUCUCAUGAUGAUUAUAUUGCUGCUUUGGAGAAUCUUCAUUGCUACUUCGAUUACAGUGCAGGGACCGAAGGACUUGAUUUUGUCCCUCCAGCUGGUAGUAAUAGCUUUGGAAGAUAUGAAGUUGCUUUGUUAUGUUUGGGGAUGAUGCAUUUCCACUUUGGGCAUCCAAAGUUGGCUUUAGAGGUUUUGACAGAAGCAGUUCGUGUUUCUCAGCAGCAAAGCAAUGAUACCUGUCUUGCAUACACUUUAGCAGCUAUCUCAAACUUGCUUUUUGAGAACGGAAUCUCAAGUACAGCUAGGUUGAUAGGAUCAUCAUACUCACUUUUUACGAGCAUAGGUAUUUCACUCUCUGUUCAACAACAAUUGUUUGUUCUCUUGAGAGGUUCUUUGAAGAGAGCAGAAAGUCUGAAAUUAAAACGGUUGGUGGCUUCCAACCAUCUGGCAAUGGCCAAGUUUGAUUUAACGCAUGUCCAGAGGCCCUUGCUAUCUUUUGGUCCAAAAGCUUCCAUGAAGCUCAGUACGUGCCCUGUUAAUGUUUGCAAGGAGCUCAGAUUGAGCUCUCAUCUCAUCAGUGAUUUUUGCAAUGAGAGUUCUGCAAUGACAAUUGAUGGUGCUUUCAGUACAGCUUGGCUUAGGAAUUUACCAAAGCCAACAGGUUCUUUACUACUAUGCCCAGAAAAUGGAUCUGGCAGCAGUUCUAAUGUUUCCCAAUUCUGUGCACAACCAACCUCAAUUCCAGGAUCUGUUAUGCAAGUAUUGGGUUCAUCUUAUCUACUUCGGGCAACUGCAUGGGAGUUAUACGGAAGCACUCCGCUGGCUCGCAUAAAUGCACUGGUACAUGCAACUUGCUUUGCUGAUGCAUCAAGUUCCUCAGAUACAGCGUUAGCAUAUGUAAAGCUCAUUCAACAUUUAGCAGUCUUCAAAGGAUACGAAGAGGCCUUUUCCGCCCUUAAAAUCGCAGAGGAGAAGUUUCUCUCUGUCUCAAAAUCACAAAUCUUACUACUCAAGUUGCAGCUACUUCAUGAUCAUGCUUUACAUCGUGGACACUUGAAGUUAGCCCAGAAACUAUGCGAUGAACUGGGUGUUUUGGCAUCACCAGUAACCGGUGUAGAUAUGAACCUGAAGACAGAAGCAAGCCUUCGGCAUGCUCGAACAUUACUUGCAGCCAAUCAAUUCCGAGAGGCCGCUGCUGUGGCACACUCCCUCUUCUGCAUGUGCUACAAGUACAAUCUGCAAGUUGAGAAUGCUUCAGUUCUUCUUUUACUUGCUGAAAUUCACAAGAAAUCCGGAAACGCAGUUCUAGGCCUUCCAUAUGCAUUAGCAAGCCUUUCAUUCUGCCAGUCAUUUAAUUUGGAUCUUCUAAAAGCCUCUGCUACUCUUACUCUAGCUGAGUUGUGGCUCUCUCUUGGAUCAAGCCAUGCAACAAGGGCUUUGAACCUUGUCCAUGGAGCCUUCCCAAUGAUUCUUGGUCACGGUGGUUUGGAGCUCCGCUCACGGGCUUAUAUUGUUGAAGCAAAGUGCUAUCUAUCCGAUACAAACUUCAGUGUCUUUGAGAAUUACGAGAUUGUGAUAGAUUCAUUAAGACAGGCAUCUGAUGAACUCCAACUUUUGGAGUUUCAUGAACUGGCAGCUGAAGCUUUCUAUUUGAUGGCCAUGGUAUACGACAAACUUGGACAAUUAGAGAAAAGGGAAGAGGCUGCAGCUUCAUUCCAGAAACAUAUCUUGGCUCUCCAAAAUAAUAAAAAUGAGGAUGAUCCUCUUGUAAGUGUAUUAUGAAGAUGUAUAUAGUUAUAUAGCCUACUAAAUUGUAUACAAUGCUGAACUUGAUAGUCUCUGUCUUCUGUAAUUAUCAAUCAUUCAGUUGUUGUUUAGUCAUUUUGUUUGCAGUUGAGGUAUUGUGAUGAGAGAUGGUGAAAGUAGGCAUGAUGUAGAAUGGCAUUGAGGUUUGUGGGUUCGGUAAAUCACAUGGUAAUGAUUAUUAUAUAGAACUGCCGUGUUGUGUUUGAAAUGAAA